AGGGGAAGGAAGGGCACCUCUCUUCCUCUCUCGGCUCGGAUCUGAAUGAGCGUCGGGAGGGGGAAGAGGAGGCCGGUCUGGUGGGGGAGAAAGAAGGAGCUCGGUCGGGGGCUGAGGUGAGGCAUCGGCGCGUGAGAAGAGAGACCCGGCUCCCUGGUGGGUGUGGUGGGUCUAUAAGGGCUUCUGGGGCUGCCCCCCGAGGGAGGGAUCCGGCGCAGGUGUCUCUCUUUGCGGGGGGGGGGGGAAGGGUGUUACAAAAUGGGAAGUGGAGGCGGCUCUCCUGCUAGGCAGCCCGGUCUGCCGGUCGUCUUCCUUCUCGGCGGGCUUAUGGGCUGCCGCUUCUGCAUGUUCCUCCCCGAUGGAGACGGGUCGCCAGGUUGGCUUCGUUCAACCGUCAGUUUUGGAAGCGGCCUUUCCGGUGAAUACACGGAGCGUUACUCCUCUUACUGGUGACAUCAUUAGACAAUUUGGGGGGGGUGUAGCUUGGAGACAGUAGCUGCUGCACGAGAAAUUGGGAGGGAGGGGGCUUCGCUCAAGCCGUUUUUCUCUUCCUCCCCCUCCUCUGCCUGGGAAAAAAGCCUUUAACGAGGUGACAGGUUGAAUCCCAGAGGUCACCAUGUCCGUUGGGAAAUGGUGUUGGUUUUCAACAGAAGGCGACUGCUUGGCACCCUGGACCUAAGUAAGUAUGUUGGCCCCAAUCCAGGGAACUCUGGGAGUAGCAGAAGGCUCUGUAGGCAGUAAGUAUCCAACAACUGACUUUGAUGGAUCGUGGUUAACAUAGAACCACAUGUAGGGAAUUGUGCUGGAACUGGACAAGUAAUAACUUUGCAUUUUAAUAUUUUCUCUCUUCCCACCACUCAAAUCUUGUUCUAAUACAGGGUUUGGUAAUCUCAGUCCCAGAGACUGAAUGUGGCCCUUCAGACCUCUGUGACUGGCCCUUGGGACUCUCCCCCAGGCCCUCUCUCAAAGCUGCAGCACACACUGACUCUGCUCUGCACACUCCUCAAGGGCUUUUGCCUGACAAGAAUGUGUCUUUGAGCUGUGACUAUGCCUUUUGCUUGCCUGGGUGGAGAGAUGGGGGUAAUGUGUAGAAACUUUUGACUCUUGUGUGGCUCACAUGUAGCCUACUAUAUAAAAGUAAAAACUACUUGGAGUCUUUUCAGUAGUAGCCCCUUCACACUUGUAGAAUGCUCUCCCUAGGGAGACACAACUGGCAUCGUCUUUAUUUUGGGGCACAAGGCAAAUACAUUUUCUCUUUAGCUGGGCACUUGGCCCUUCAUUUGAAGGCAGUGUCUGAAAUACCCCUAGCACCAGGUGUGUUUUGUGACUAGCAUUGGUCCAGUUGCGACCAUGUGGAGAUCUCUAGAUAGCAGGUUGGCGACUGACAUCUCCAUCUGUCUGGCCUCUCCAGCUUUCUUAAGCAGGUAAGCCAAAGAUCUUAUUUACUGCAUUCAUAUCCCACCUUUUCCUCCAAGGACUACAUGGUUCACCCCCUCCUCAGUUAAUCCCUGCCCAUGUGAGGUAGGUUAAGAGACAGUGACAAACUUCAAGGUUACCCAGUGAGCUACAUGACUGAGUGGGGAUUUAUACCCUGAUCUCCCAGGACCUAGUCCAACACCCUGACUGCUACACCACACUGACUUCCUAGAGUACUUCUGCUAUGGGGCAGCUAUAUAAAUUAAGUAGGUACAUAAAUAAGGGGAAAGCAAAAUGUUACUUAGAGAAGGAUCUGGAAUAUUUUCCUUGAAGAUUGAAUUGGUUUUAUUCUGAAUUAGUUACAGGUAGGUAGCCGUGUUGGUCUGACGUAGUCGAAACAAAAUUUAAAAAUUCCUUCCAGCAGCACCUUAAAGACCAACUAAAAAUUUAGUUGGUCUUUAAGAUGCUGCUGGAAGGAAUUUUUUAUUUUGUUAUUCUGAAUUGUUUUAUCUGUUGUUUCCAAGUGUUAUAAACUGCUUUGAGAAUUUUUUCAUUAAAGUAGAAAGUGUUAGAAAUGAAAUGAAUUGUAAUAAUAAUAAAUUUCACUGGGGGAGAAAUGGUGCCUAGAAAUUCUGUUGUGGCGACCGUAACCUAGGUUUAAGGUGCCAUUUGGCGAUUAACUUAUAUAUUUGAGUUUAUAACAUUGUUUGAAGGAUGGUGUUGUGGUGGGAUCUGUUAGUCCCUAUCUGCUUCAUCUAUGUAGCUGUGCAGUUAGAUUUUUAUUGGAUGUUAUUAAUUGGUUUCAAUGUAAGUCUAUUGGGAUCCUUCCAUAAAAAGAGUAACUAAUAACUAUGACAAAUAAAUUACGCCACCAACUUUUGUCACUAGCCCCUCCCACUCCUGGCAUAUGGGCCCUGGAAGGUUGUCUAUGAGGGAAUGCAGGCUUUGGUAUGAAGGUUCCCAGUCUCAAUUCUAGUAUAUUAGUAUUUUCUCACUUGAUAUAACAUUUGUUGUUUGUACUUAACAUACGUAGUAGCAUGAGCCAUAAUUCAAAAUGUUGGUGCAGGGGAGCUUGCACAGUAUAGGUGACAGUUAAGUUAUGUGGUUUUGCAUACUCCAACCCUCUUGUAUAGCCUUUAAGUUAAUGCUUAGUUUUCUUACAGGAGGAAGUCAGUUCGCCUAAAAUCAGCUGAUGAAAUUUGUUUUACAAGCAAGAAAAUGCCUACAGCGGAACCUAUUUAUAACUAGCUGUGUGUGUUAAAUUUGCAGAGAUACAUGCAUUCAGUAAAUGAUUAUGUCAGGAAUCAAAGUUAAGAUGAUUGAAAGUAUAUUUCACUAAAAUUACACCAUGCUGCUUGACAGAUCGCUGCAGCUCAGUCAGUAGAGCAUGAGAUACUUAAUCUCAGAGUUGUGGGUUUGAGCCCCAUGUUGAACAAAAUAUUUCUACAUUACAGGGGUUGGACUAGAUGAUCCUCAGGGUUCCUUUCAACUCUACAAUUUCAUGAUUCUAUUAUUUCUUUUAAGGUAACCUUUGCAGCCCAAGGACCAUAGUUAUUAACCACGAUCUGCAGUUUUUAGUGCAGAUUUUAUUCAUCCUCAAAACUCAUUUUAAUUAGGUUAGGUUGAUGACUUGGCAAAGAAUUUAGUUUUCAGCAAUAUGAGUGCUUUUCAUCAACUUGGAUUUGGUAUGAAGGUUACACUCAGACUUUUUGGAUACAAACCAGCCAUUGUAACGUAAGAUGAAUGCUCUGCAUGGAGUUGUCUUUAGUGACUAACCAGUACAUUGGUUUUCAACCAGUGUGCCGUGGCACCCUGAGGUAUCUUGAAUGAUGGUCAGGGGUGCUGCGGGCAACACUGGCCUCUGUCCUUCUUUCCUUCCCUCCCUCCUCUGAUGCCCUCUCACAUCUGCCUCCCAAAGGCUUGCACGGCUGUUCGUUGCAGCAGCCCUGGCUACAAGCUCCCUAGGUGAAUGGUGGGGCAGUGUGAGGAGGCUCCUCUCUUUGGGGCAGGAGGGCAGCUCAGAGACCAGGGUCAGCAGCAGCUGCUGCUGCUGCUGCUGCUGCUGCCUAAAGGACUCCCAAGGAGAGGGGAGAGGAAGUUCAGGGAACACUCCACAAGGGACGGUGUUUGAAAAAAGGGUGAGAGGCUGUCUGCUCUGCAGGCAAGGGGUGACAAAACUGGGCUCCUGAGCCCCACAGGGCAGGAAGAAUGUAACUAGUCAAGGGAGCCAUGGACUGAAAAAGGUUGAAAACCUCUGAACUAGUAUAUCCCUGUUUUUGAUGGGAUGGAAAACUGGUAGCAUUAUAUGUAGGUGCUUCUGCAGCCACAGCACCAUUUUCUAAGUGGAUUUCAAGGUGCUGGUUCAAAUCUACAUACUAAAUGGGUAGGGCACAUGCAAAACAGGCUGCCAGAACCCAUGUGUUCUAUCACAAUGGGUUAGCCAAUGUCAACUUCCUUUGACAUGCAAAUAGCAACCUGUCAGAAUUGUGGUGGGCAAAGGAAGAGUUAAAUGCCUCUCCAUGGUCCUUAGGUAGUUUAGGUUCCUCUGUGGCUGCCCUUCAUGUAAAAAACAAAACAAAACAAAACCCACUCAUGCAUGUUAACCAUCUUAUUUUGUUUAUCUCUGGUAUCAUUUAAAAACGCUUCUCAUUGUUAAUAUCCAUGUGUCAUAUUGGAACAAAAAAUGAGCAUUAAAGGCUGGUAUUGUUGCUCCUUCACAAAUUUGAAUUCUUGAAAAUUUAUCAGAGCCAGAGAACAUAUUUCAGGAGUGUACACUUUUGGCUGGCUAUGGAAAGUGGUGGGAAUUAUCAUUUUCUGUUUUUAUCCAAGGUGCAUCUUAAUUGCAUUUUCCUGAGAUACUAAAGCAGACAUCCACGCUUCUUACCGUGCUCCUGCGACCCGGAAGUGCGCCAGAAAUAGUGUGUGCACACGUGUAUGGGCGUGUGCUCCCCUGCCCUCCGGCCCGCUGUGCGAUCGGCGCUGCAGGCACCAGCCUAAAGUGCGAUCAUUGGCACAUGCUUUCUUACUAAGACAUCUGAGUGGUAGAGAUUUUGCUCCUUGAGAAACUGCUCCUUCCACCCCAUGCAGCUCACCCCCAGCCCCAAGUGUGCGACUGGUGCCCUACGCAAUGUGUGUUUGUCAAACCAUGGAGGUGGGGAAGCAUGGCAAGAACGCAUCCCACACAGGAGGCCGAGGGGUCCUUCUGGAGCCUUUCAUCCAUCAGGUGGGUGGCCACAGCAGCAUGAUGCGCUACGAUGACCACACUGUGUGCAAGCCUCUCAUCACCAGAGAACAGCGUUUCUAUGAGUCCCUGCCUCCAGAAAUGAAGGAAUUCACACCUGAGUACAAAGGUGUGGUGUCUGUCUGUUUUGAGGGAGACCGUGAUGGCUACAUUAACCUGGUAGCAUACCCCUAUGUGGAGAGUGAAGCCUUGGAGCAGGAAGAUGUACCAGAGAGGGACCAGCCACGUCGCAAACACUCUCGCAGAAGCCUCAACAGGUCUGGCAGUGGCAGUGAGCACAAAGAGGAGAGAGCAGGACUGGCCAGUGACGCAUCAGAAAGCUUCCAGGACACGAAGAGCCUCAAGAGCUGGCAUUCAGAUGUUCCAUUUCAGAUGCUAGAUGGAAAUAGUAGCGUGAGUUCUGAAAAGAUCACAUUUAACCCGUGGAGUCUGCGUUGCCACAAGCAACAGUUGAGCCGCAUGCGCUCAGAGUCCAAGGAACCCCUCGCAGCAAGGCCGUCCCCGGCAUCGGUUCCUGCCGAAACAGCAAUAAAGAAGAAGCAGCAGGAGGAGGAAUUCCUUUUACUGGAGAACGUGGUACACCAUUUCAAAUUUCCCUGUGUGCUUGACUUGAAAAUGGGGACCAGGCAGCACGGGGAUGAUGCAUCUGAGGAGAAAGCUGCUCGGCAGAUGAAGAAGUGUGCCCAGAGCACCUCGUCCACACUAGGCGUACGGGUUUGUGGAAUGCAGGUAUAUCAGAUGGACACAGGCCAUUAUUUGUGCAGGAAUAAAUACUACGGCAGAGGUCUUUCCAUUGAGGGUUUUCGCAAUGCCCUCUACCAGUAUCUGCACAAUGGAGUAGAGCUACGAAAGGACCUGUUUGAGCCCAUCCUUAGCAAACUGCAAAGCCUGAAGUCUGUACUGGAGAGGCAGGCCUCCUAUCGCUUCUACUCCAGCUCCUUGCUCAUCAUCUAUGAUGGGAAGGACAACCGGUCGGAGACAUAUAUGGAGCGCAGGGCAGAGAUGCGCCUGAAACAAGUGGACAUCUCUCUCCCAGAGAGCCUACAAGAUGCCAGCAGCACAGAGGCAGUCAGUUUCCAGCCCAAGGUAGAUGUACGUAUGAUAGACUUUGCACACAGCACGUUCAAAGGCUUUCGAGAUGAUCCCACUGUACAUGAUGGCCCCGACAUGGGGUAUGUGUUUGGACUAGAGAGCCUUAUCAACAUAAUGGAACAGAUGCGGGAUGAGAACCAGUAGCCUUGGGCUGGGCUCCUCAACUUUGUCCCUCAUUGAUAGAAACAGACAGGACCACCACCCCUACAGAAAAAGCAGACUGCUGCUUUGAAAAUAUUCUGUUGCUCCAGUGUGUUUAACAUCAAAGGACACAAUAUCCUGGAUGAUCCUGGCAAAAUGGCUUUGACUAUCCUGGCCUGGACUUCUUGCAGGAGAAACAAACCCCAUGGACCCCAGCAUUGGGCAUUUAUAUCUAGGGCUUUGCAUUUGUUCAAUACAGCCCUGUGAUCAUGUCUGUUAGGAAUGUGGAGACUGACCCCAUGGGAAAGAAGAGGGGUGAUGGUCUAGUGGUGUAGAUUUUGGGAUUCCAGUGUCCCUCUUCUUUGUCAGCCUUCCAUUGAGAACCAGCGGUUUGAACCUCUCUUCUUUUGUUUGGAAAGGGCAUUCAGAUACAAGCUAACAUUACUUAUGGGGCUGAUUGAGGCACAUGAUUUGCACAUACUCCUCUCUGCUGUUGCUGCCCCUGAGCAGAUGUGAGAGACUCUUCUAGAGGGUACAGAUGAUACUUCAUUUAUCUUCUCCAAUCUGGGCAUUAUCAAAUCAUCCCAAAUGGGGAAAUAAAUGACCAAAGGAAAACUAGUGCAGUGCUUUAAUGGUUUUGCUUUGCACCCCAUUGAUGAAGCUGGCCUACCUCCCUUCACCGUUUCCUGCACAUUGAUAGAAACUCUCCAAAAUUCCAGAAAGGCCCAGUCAGGUGUUCACAAUGCUGUCUUGGUCAAGAACUUCAUAGGAGAGUUCAGCUGGCUAAGGAUAAUGUUAAUAGCACAUUCAUGCUGAUCCCUUGCCGCUUUUGUGAGACUAAUGAUAUUUAUCAGGUGCCAACUCCCCCUCACCCCACCCAUGCGUCUUUCCAUUUUGUAGAUAAAAUAGUCUCUUUUCCGACCUCAUUCAGAUCCAAGCACCAUGAUGUUUGGUUGCAGUUUUCCUUUUUCCUUCCUUCCAGGGAGGCUUCCUAGCAAGACAGCACACUUCCAUACAUGUUCCGCCCACAAUAAUAAAAUACUUGUGUGGGGUAAUUGAUGAGAAAAGUAGGCGUCUUUAUUUUCAGAAACUCCCGAUUUGUGGAGGGAAGCGUCUGUCUGGCUUUUAAUGUAUUGCCACCUGUGCUUGUUUUCACCUCAGGGAGUUGGUGUUUCCAGCCUUGUUCCUCCACUUUGUGUCGGGUUGAAUGCAGUUGUGCCACGUUCUGGCCCCACAUAAUGUAUAUGUGAUUCUGUUGCGUGGGCUGAGGUGUUGGUGCCUUGUACCAUUAAUCUUGACAGCAUUAGUUCAUUGUGUGAUUAAUCCCAAUUUGCAGCUCUUGGUGGCAGUGGUGGCCCUAAGUGCUGUUCUAUGGACCUUGGAGACUAGUUGCUCUAAUUAGGACCAGGCCUAGUAUACACAAAUGCACUAGACUUCUUGGGCAUGCACUUUGUUGGGGAGGUGAUUUACUACCAUAGGGAACUAAUGGCAAGGCAUUAAAGUUGAGCACAAUUGUCAUAAACCUCUACUACUAGAUGCUCUUAUAAUGUGUUAGCAUUUGCCCCAAAGCUCCUGUGCUGAAUCUGUGCCUCCCUUUUGGGCGAGUAUGAACUUCACAAGUUUGUCUUGAAAGUAUUGGCUCUUUCAUCAAGGAGCUGCUGGUGGAGCCCCCUCUCGUGCCAGCAGGUAUUUGCAGUUGACUCUGUGCUGAAUGUUCUGAAGGGUAGGUGGGGGGGGGGCAACCGUUGUGCAUUGACCAAUUUAGCAAUUAGUAUUAGAUGUUGCCUCUGCAACGAGAGGCAUUUUCACAGGGAAAAGAGCAAUGCCAUUUCCCCAACGUUAUCUUUGAUUCCCAGAAUUUAAGGGAACAGGUUUGCUUUCUGUUGAGCCCAGCUUUUGAAGUCUUCAGAAUGGUUUUGAGGCAUCAAAAUUUUGGUAUUGUUUUGGUUAAACAGGAUCUUUCAAUAUUGUUUUGAAGUUUUUAACUUUGUAAUCUUUAUCCCUCUACCAGUUACUUAAGUAACACUGAAAAUACAGAAAAUCACUCUAAAGAGUAUUCUUCCUGUUCUAAUGACUGCACCAUUUUGAUAUUUUUUUCCAAUUAAAAAUAAUCUGGACCAUUCUGAACUUCUCAUCAUAAGUUCCAGAGCUUGUAAAUAGCAUUUCUCCUUCCUGUUGUCAGGUUUUGUUUUCAUGUUGCUAGUAACUGUUUGCUCCGUAAGGCACCAAAAAUAUUAAAGGACUUGGUUUUGUUGGUAUUUUAGCAUUGUGGUUAGUUUUCAGACAGUGUAACUGCAAAGCACAGUCUUGUUCAAUAGCAAUAAGCUUUCCAAGUUCAUUUCUUUAACUUCAAGUUAAGCAACGGGACGUGGAUGGGACUGUUCUUCAUACUUGAGCACCUUGCAUGUCUGAAGGGAUUUGCCUUUUCCUAGUAGAGGUCUGCUUGCCACCAGCUCAGAGUACAAAUUGAACUAAUUUGACUAACAUGAUCCUCUAUUUGAUGCAAGCCUGUAUGUUGCCUCUUGCAGGGCUGUUUGUGCCUGCAUGUGCACACACAUGCUUGUGUGUAGUCUGUCGGUGUUAGGGUAGCUGAAAUUGAAAUGUACUGGCAAAACUGUGAACGGAAGCAUCUAGAGGGUUUGUUAGAGAAGUACCCAUGCUAUCAGGGCAGAUAAAUUUAAAUGGAUUUCAUUGUAGAGAGUUAUUUCUAAGCCAUCCCUUUGGGCGUGCAGCAAAAAUCAGUUUCUGCAACUUGACAUUUGCUUUCGAUUGAAAGCAACUCUGCAGAGUAAAAGUGCCUUCUAAAAGGCACCAAGAAAAACAUGACAGAGCAGAAGGUAUGAACUAGAAUAUUUGCCUUCAGCAGCUCUCCUUCCAACUGUUUGGUUAACUGUGUUCAAACUUGCAUCUUGCCAGAGAAAAAGGUCUCGGGUCUCAGGCAAACAGGUCACAGAUGUUUGAGUGCAUCCCCCUUUGCCCUCUUCUGCCCUGAAACAAACGGAAUUGAAUCUGCCCCAAACAAAGCUAGUUUGUCAAAUGGCUUUUGUACAGUACAUUGUCCCACUCUGUUUUGAUAUAUAAAUGGGGCAAAGGUAGACCCAGCAUUUGUUGUUACACUGCAGCCAUUCUCCUUGCCAUAAAGGCACCUGUCAUUGGACACAAUCGUGCAAACAUGCCACUUCCCUGUUCUACCUCAUUAUCUGUAAAAUCCUUCAAGAUAAUUAGGCUUAUUAUGUCAUUUUAGGGGUGUUGUUACAGAACUGGAAGCUACAUUGCAAGUGUCAUGAAGUUCUCUAGAAUAAUUUUGCAAAAUAAAAUAGCUGAAGAUGACAUGGGGUUAGCUUUGAGGAACUAAACAUAAAGCAACUUGACUCUUUCCACCUGUGGUUUCAGACUGGGAUGUUGCUUUUUAGUAGUUUUUAGCUCAUUAAAAUGCCUAGACAAGGGUGAGUGGUGAGAGACUGAGCAUACGGCUUUUGUAAAGCAGGUGCUGCUCUGGACGCUGGGUCCAACAAAGCCAUUAUGUAUGCAUUGUAUACAUUGAGGUCCUCUGCUGGACACUCAUGUAAAUAAUCUUUCCAGUCUGUUCCUCCUGGAGCAGCACAUCCUGUUUGUUGCCCUUACAGCUUGCUGACACUUUAUGUCCAGUAGUGUUGAUUCCUUUAGCAGGACUUUGCACGUACUGUGUAGUUGCCUUCAUGUAGAUGAUGAAUCAGCUUUUCAGCCUUCUGAAAUACAUAGCCAGCUAUCUCUCUAGCAAUACAUAGGAACUGCUAGUGUUGGUGAAUGCACACUGUAAGGGGUUCCUUCUCAUUAAGGGCCAAAUGAGAGUUCACCAGAUAAGCACUUGGAUUUAUUUUGUAUUGGUGGCAGCUGCUGCCUUGAAAGUGUCUCUUCCUCCUCACCUAGAGGUUAUUACUGCACUGUGUUUUUUGUCAAUAACUGAUCUUGCCCUUUCAGUUGGAAUAGGAGCCACCUUCUCUUUACUAGCACCUUUGUAGCCUGGACCCUGCUGCAUGACAUUUCAGAAAUAUCGGCUCAAAUAUUUCCCUAUGAAUGAUGGAGAGUUGCACUUUGGAUAAUGUUCAGUCUAGAUGACCCCAAAGAAGGCCCACUGUGUGUCACGGGGGGGGGGAGGUAUUCAACUCUUACCAUAUCUGUUCCUGCACCUGAAGGAAGUCUGUGGAAGAAAUGUAGCCUGGCUUCUGUUGAAAGAGGCUGAAUGUCAGUUUCAAUUUCCCUAGCCUAACACACGUGCAGCUAUGUUUCCAUAUCAAUCCUGCCCCUCUUCAGAGGACCAAACCACAAAUCAGACCAGAUCACAUUUGCCUGCCUGCUGCUUACAGGUUGGGUUUGAUGGUGUAGUUUUAGCUGGUCAGAAAUACUAGUUUCUGCUUGGGGGGGAGAUGCUUUAGCUAGCCAAUUAUUUCACUGAGUUACACCAGCAACUUGCCAUGAACCCUUGGAGUGCACCUGAAUACACAUUUUGCUGCUAUUGGUAUAAAAAUGUGGAGGUGCAAUCCGUGGGCAUAUGCUGCUCUGCACAAGUGCAAGGGAACCUGCUUUAUUGCUUGCUGUGAAAGGGUCACCACAGAAUAUUAUGACCAUUUGGGUUUAAAAGGAGAGACAAGCUUUGGUGGUUUCAUGGACUGCUUUUUGACUGGGGGGAGAGAGACUAUAGGCCUAUGUAUUUUGCUUGUUUUACAGCAAGUCUGGAAAGGGUCAUCCAAGUCAGGUUCAGACUUUGGUUGGUUGUAUUUGUACUUACUAUUGCAUGCUUAUCUCAGGAGCAAAAUGUUGUUUUUUAUACUUGGAAAAGUCUAGGUGCAGAAUGGUCUCUAUGAGAACUGCCAGAAAGGGAAGAAAUGUUACUAUGAGAGCAGGGAGCAGUACUGCACCCUACAGGAAUGGUUCCUAUCUGUCCAUUUUGACUUGUCUGGGAGGGACGCAGCAUUGCAUUACAAACUUCUUGUAUAUUUUUCAUAGUCUAUUCCAGUGCCAUUUUGUUGGGCCAAGUCAAGCUUUUGGGCAUGAGAAAUAACAGUAUCUGUACUCCAUACACUGCAUCCCUAGCUCUCCUGUUGUGUAUAAAAAGUCCUAUGUGUAUAUAAAUAAACUGCUAGACAUUUAGCUGA